AUGCGGAUCGUAUUUCGAACCUUCCGCACACGACGCGACGACAACGGCUUGUCGAAGCUGGAUGCGUGGGAACGACGACGACAGCGAAGGCACGGCGCGAUGCGAGACGAAGCGCGGAGAGGAUUGAAGUGUGUGCAAGCCACCGGUGGCAGGACGAUGAUCCGCGAGCUAGGACGAGGAGCACGAAGAAUAGGACCGGAGCGGGCGGAAUUUUCGGUGUUCGAGGAGGUCCGACCCACGAAAGAGGAUUGA